AUGCACGACGUAGAAGCCUGCGAAUCAAAUGGUCCAACUGCAACGGAGUCAUCGAAUUUAAAGAUUGCCGGAGAACUUAACAACGAUAAGACUAAAAAUAACAACAAAGGACCAGAAGAUGCGUUAAAUAGGCUUGUUCCGCCAAUACUCGAAGACUUCAAAAUGAUUGCGAAGACAGCUGAACUCCGCGUGGCCUACGAUGCUCCAACAAAUCAAACAACUUACACUUAUACACUUUGCUGGGAAGAUGAUGUGAAAAGGCGCGACGAUUACCGCAUAAAAUCGGCUAGUAUGCUCUCCGAGUUUGAUGUGCAUCCUGUUAUGGCUGUAUGCGAUGGGCCAUGCCGAAAAGCAUUCCCGUCAAACAAAUUGAACACUAUCGGAAGAUGCGGACACUAUCUUUGCGAAGCUUGUUAUGGCAUUGUGACAAAUUCUGAUGGUACGAAAGGUUGCAGCUCAUUUGCUUGUAAUUGGCAAGGACAAUCGAAAACGGAUGCGAUGAAAGCGUAUGAAACAGAGAUAUGCCGAAAACAACGUCAAAGAGCGAACGAUAUGCAAAAACGAGGACUUGAUGUGAAGCCCGCCUCCGUUUACUCGAAUACCAACAUCCACACGUCAAAUUCGAAACGGACUUUCCUGAAAACUGACCGAUCGACGGGUUAUGAUGUGCUCACUGAAACCGACUUUUCAACAUCGCAAGAAAGCAAAUCGGUAACGAUAAUUGAGGAAAACGAUUCGGAACAAGGGACGAGGAACAUGGAUAUUGUUUAUCCCGGUCACACUGAAAUGAUAAUUGCGAAAUUAAUAGUAAUCGAGAAGAAUCAGUAUAACGCGGUUUUACGAAUUCAUACACGAAUGGAAGUUGCCACUUCAAUGGGAAUCAUGAAGGCGAUCACUCUGAUGUUGCUUGACAAGAAGAAGUCGCCACGGCAGUACUUGAACUCGGGGGUUCCUUAUUACGUGGAGCCUCAAAAAGAUGGCACCAAAAAGCUGAAAAGGAUCAAAAACAAGGAGUUUGAGACGUUCCAUCUGUACGAUUUCCCGCAAAUACACGAUCAUGUCUACUUUGUACUGGAUACCAUUGGUUAUGUCAACAACGGUGGGCCUGUACAAAUAUCAUUGAACUAUGACGACUGA